AUUUUGCAACUUUUUUAAACAAAUUGAGGUUUCUAAACAGAUUUUCGCCAAUAAUUUUGCCUAAUUUGUACCUACAGUAAUAUUUGUUUUACAGAUAGUGUUAAUAACAAGGUUUUAAUAUACAAUUUGGAUUUCCACAUGUAAAUUAUUGGAUUUUAAUAUCAAGUAACGAUUGUUUAAUAAUCGCCCAUGUCGUUUUCGUUGCUAUGUUACGAAGAUUUGAAAUAAUCCAAAAGAAAGGAAAUCUUUAAUUUGAAAUGUUAAUUUUAAACUGGUAAUUUUGUGAAGUAUUGACACCUUUCAAAAGGCAAAUGGCUGAAAUAUCAGAACUUGAAAAACUAUCAAAAUUAUCAAUACACGACCAAGCAUCAGGUUUUACUGAAGAGAGACAUAGUCAAUCAACUCUAGCUUUACACGCAGCUUGUGAUAGUGGAAAUGUGUCUGAAGUGAAAAAUAUUCUAGCUGAAGGCAGAGCAGAUUUAAAUGCAUUGAUUGCUGGACACAGAGCUCUGAGAACAGCUCUUCAUAAAGCAUCGGCUUACGGCCAUACACAGGUCGUUCAAUUAUUGUUAAAGGUUAGUGGAUAUUGUAAUGACAAAUAAUGUCAAAUGGGAUUAUUGUCAUCUGAAUCGAUUAGAGGCAGUUGUCAUUUCCUAGAGAAAUCUGAAAUUUUUUUUCUUCAAAUUUUUUUUUGAAAAAAAAUUUCAAAUUCUCUCGGAGAGAUCUGAAAGAAUUUUUCUGAAGAGAAAUCCACUUCAGUUUUAUUAAGUUAAUGAGUUUAAUGAUGUAGGCUGGUGCCAGUCCUGACAAAGCCAGUAGCGUCCAACGUACAGCAUUGCACGAAGCAUGCACAGGCGGCCAUCUCGAAACCUUGCUACAGCUGGUACAGUAUACCAAAGAUUUGGAUCAUCCCGACAGUCACGGACAGACUGCGGCACACAUUGCAGCAUAUCAUGGGGAAACAGGAUGUUUGAAUGCUCUUAUUGACAAUGGUUGUGAUAUAAAUUAUCAAGAUAAUCAAAUGUGUUUGCCAGCUCACCUUGCUGUCAAGAAAAACUACCCUGAAACACUACAGUAAGUAAAACUUGUCUUCCAUCUCUGUGACCGAGGUUUGAUUUCUGCAAUAUAUGCAGAGCAGCUUGUUUGAUCGUCCAUUAAGGGAUGCAGACCCUAUAAUUACUGGACCUCUAGGAGGAACAGUUUAGAACUGAUAGAGCUAUCCAGUAUAAAUAAAGUUAGUUUAGUUUUCCUCCUGUAGUAACACUGGAUCAACAAGAGAUGAUCCUUACUGGACCUCUAGCGAGAACAGUUUAGAACUCUGAUAGAGCUAUCCAAUAUAAAUAAAAUUAGUUUAGUUUAGGUUUCCUCCUGUAGUAACACUGGAUCAAUAAGAGAUGUUUCUUACUGGACCUCUAGGAAGAACAGUUCAGAACUGAUAGAGCUAUCCAGUAUAAAUAAAGUUUGUUCAGUCAGUCAACCGUCUGCUUUUCAGGUGUCUUUUAGACACAGGUAAAAUGGACAUAUUCAAAGCAGACAAGCAAGGCAGGACCUCAGUACACUAUGCUGCAAUCUACGGCAGUAUAAGUUGUCUCAAAGUGUUCAAGAAAUACAAGGUGGACUUGAUGGUGACAGAUGAGAAUGGUGCAACGCCCGCACACCAUGCGGCCGCAGCUGGUCACUUGGAGUGUCUGAAAUUUCUUACUAAAGUUGGGAUUGCUUUGGGCAAGAGAGAUAAAAGUGGGAAGACAAGUGCUCAUUAUGUAAGAUUUAUGUCGAGAAGUUUUUAGUAUGUUUACACAUGUAAAAAGUUGUGACAAACCUGCAGCAGACUUGUAGCAAUGUGAUUCCAACAACUUGUCAACACGAUGUAUUCGCACUGCUUGUUCCCAGCUUGUUAUUGAGCUCAACAGACUUUUUGCAAGUUGUACAAUGAGCUAAUACUACAGGCUAGCUAAACUAUGAUUUGCCUGUUCUAGGCUGCCCAGAAAGGAUCAACAGAGUGUCUGCAUUGGUUACUGGAGCAAGGUGCAGAUGCCAGUUCAACAGAUGGUAAUUCUCUAUCAAUACAAUAGCAGGGUGUAUCUGGUAUAAUUGUAUAAACAAAGUUCGUUAGUCGAUUUUAUUAAUAAUUUUUCCUUCAGAUGCAGGCAACACACCAGCACACUGUGCAGCAUCAGGUCACAUGCCAGCCAUGAACUGUCUAAUCAAGCAUGGUUCUGAUAUCACCAUCACAAACAAUCAAGGUCACACACCAGAUAUAUUGUCCAGAAAACAUGGUCACACUUUAGCCAACCAGAAAGCAGGUAUUGUUGCAGCCAUUUAUACUAGAGAUGGAUUAACUAUCUGGGCAAACUUGGGCAAAGAAAAGUUUGUUUGUCUGUGUAUAUAUAUAAACAUGCCAAACAGAUCAUAGAUCUGCAAAGCUGAUAACUUAAUCGCCACAGUAGAUGAACUUGGGUGUGUCUGACAGUUCACCAUUCAUCAACUGUUAAAUGGUGGCUGUGCUUUAAAUUACCCUUCGUAGAUGAGAAAUGUAAUCGUCAAUUUUGUUUUUAGUUAAGGGUGAAAUAAAGUGUUCUUUUUGUGUGAAGCAAAAAGCACAACAGGAAUAUGACCAAAAACAUCGACCUUCUGAUGUUGAGCAGCGUAUAAAAUUGGAAGAAAAAGUCAUUUUUAAAUCACCUGUUAAAACUAGGUAUGUGUUUUAAAUGAAAACAUUGAAUUACGCUUAGAGGGGCUUGAUGUAUCAAACUGUGUGUUUACCUGUUGUUCUUCAUCACUUAAUAUAUAUUUUCUUUAGAUCACCUUCACACACUAAGACUAGACAAAAAUCGCAAUUGAAGCAAACACCUGUCAAGUCUACAAAAAGUGAAAGAGAUCUCUCAUCACAGUAUUAUGGUGAUCAUCUAUUUUCAAUGCAUGGAAAAUAAUCAAUCUACAUCUAUUUUUUAUAUUAUCAAAUUGUAAAUAGUUAUUAAUAAUUCUUUAAGUCUAUAAUGGUUUCAUACUUAUUUUGUAAUAAAUAAAAUUGAAAUAUUGUCA